AUGGACAUUUCCAUUGUGGCUAUCUUCAGUGAAGACCUCACUAACAACUUUGUCAUCCAUAAAACCAAUGUGUUGGAUAUCAAGAAGGAAAAUUUCAACUGGCCAAUGGCAUUCAGAUACAACAUUGCCAUCCGUACAAUGGUCAUGACAGUUCAAAAUGCCAACGGAAAGCUAGCUAACCCUGGUGUUAGGAACAAACAGUUCGAACGCAUGGCCUUUCGCAAUACUGAACGAUUCGGCGACUUUGUUCCCGCUUUCAAUGAUGUCAACCCAUACGCAGAUGGCUGUGUGAAAGCCACCUUUAACCCUAUCACCGGAGAAGACCUGCACAGUUUGAUGCACUCCCAGAAAUUGGUCAACGGCUCUGCAAUCAAUGUCAAUGGCACCAACCUUCACAUUGCCAACAACCCCUUCAGUGCUAGUUUAAUCAACAUGACCUCUAACGCCCUGAGUAAACCAAACGCCCAAUCUUGGGCUCACGCCAACCAACCAAUCUACGAUGGUCCAGGUGGGAUGCUGUACGGUAGUUGGGAUGAUUGUAGAGGUGGUGGAAGGAACGUUUGCAGUAGAGGUCGUGGUGGCAACUGGAGUAACAACUCAGGACAAGAUCAUAGUCCCCCCCUUGUAGAUUCCAUGAUAAUUCUGGCAGAGGCAAAGGUAACGGAUUGUGGCGUUGUGAUGACAGACGAGAUGACUGUCAUACUGAUGACCGCGACCACAACGGUGGGAAGCGCUAUAACGGCAAUGGGAAGGCAAAGUAAGCCUCUGACUAGAACUGUUGUUUUCAUUAUGUGUUAA